AUCUUGGAUUCUCCAGCAUCUGCAGUUCCCAUUAUCACUGAUACAUAAUCUGUUGCAGUGUUUGUUGUUUUGGUUUUCAUUAUCAAUUAGAAUCUUAUCUGAAAAUACCCUACCCUUUGCAGUCCUAUUUUAAGCACCAUUGUCCCAAACAUUCCUUCAAAUACCCUGUUUUAAACAACAAGGAAGGGUCACUGGACCCGAAACGUUAAAUCUGUUUUCUCCUUCGCAGAUACUGCCAGACCUGCUGAUCUUUUCCAGCAACUUUGUUUUUGUUCCUAUUUUACAGCAUCUGCACUCCUUCUAGUUUCUACCCUCUUAAACCUCUCAUAUGUAUUAUCCCUGAUAAUAAACAGCAUCGUCUUCACCAGGGAAAAUGGCACCACAAUGUGUUCUAAAAAUUUGUAAUUAAUUAUGUACUUUAGCCACCUGCGAAUUAGGUUAACUGUACAAUAUUUAGCUCAUUUUUAAAAAUACGUUCAUGUGAUGUGAACGUAACUGGUUAGCCAACAUUUAUGGCCAAUGCCUGAUUACUUUGCAGAAAGUGAUGGUAAGCUACCUUCUUGAACCACUGCAGUCUCCGGGCUGCAAGUACACCAGAGGUGUUGUAAGCAAGCUGCAACUCAUAAUAGGGUCACAUUUACUCCGAUGGCCAACGUUAAGGAAUUUCAGUCAAGUUUUUGUAGCUCUCAGUUAAGCUCCUAUGGAAACUCCCCAGACCAACAAGAUUGUGCCUUUACGUCAUGAAUGGUUAAAUGUUUUCUAACAUUAACUUUCUGACGUGUAAUACACUUGAGUUAAUAUUGUAAAUACAUUAACCAUUCAAUGGACCUGGCACAAUUGAAGAGUUGUAGGUGAGAAUUGGGUAACUUAAAAAAAAACUUGAAUCAAUUUAAAACCAUUGGGUUGUUGCAUUUUAGAGAGUGAGAUUAAUAAGACAAAAUGAGUCUUAUUCUGUUAGCUAUAAAUACUUUAAUUCAGUAUAUUUCCUCUGGAUUAAAGCCAUGAAGCCCCUGUAUGAGAGCAUGAAGAAGUCUGUAAUUUUUAUUUUCAAAAUCCUGAUUUUUAUUUAUUUGUUGGUAAGUAGUAGAAUUGGCAUAAUGUACUCUUGUCACUUACCGUGUCAUUAGUCGGUAGUUUGUGCAAAGGCAUGGUAUAGCAGCCUUGCAAGACUACCCUUAAAAUGAAGAUAUUGAUCCCCCAUAAAGGCACAGUGCUUCUUGUAUCCACAAGAAAGCAUGACCCUUCUGGUUACAAAACAGGGCAAAUGUAGCACUCCCCAUCUUUGUUUUACUAACUGUUUGGAACUCCUGUUUGAUCAGCAGAAAUGUGUGGUAGAUUGGGUGAUCAGACAAAUAUAGGUUUCGAUCUUGCACAUCAUUCACCUUGAGCACAGUUUUGGAACACUGACCUAAGCAACUUCUUCAAAGAAUUAGUUACAUAUUUAACAUACUCCACUCCUAAAAUGAACAAACCUUGCUCAAUGAUAGUGGAAAAAUCAAGAGCUCUAUAAAAGUCAAUGUUCCACUGUUCUAAUAAUACCAAUUAUUGUAAUAUUUAAAGAAUGUGUUACAUGUGAAGACUUAGUUUCACAUACUAAACAGCAAUCUCUACUGACCCCAAAUGGUUUAUGAAUAAAACGUCACCAGAUAGCCGAGAUGCAGCUGCUAGAACUCUGCUCUUGUUGUCAUUUUGGUUGCCUGGGAAUCAUUCAUUUUACAGAAGAUCUUUGGUUAUAAACUGAGAAACUGCCACAGUACUGUAUCUUCGUUGUUUCCUUUUGAAGAAGGAAGCAGUAUUAAGUCUUGAGCAUUGUGAUGCAUUAGCUUUUAAUUUCUUUCAGAACACCAGUGGUCGCUGUAGUAAUGCAACCAUCUGAUGCCUUCCUGGGUCCAGAAAGUGCCAUCCAUCCAGUGAGCAACAGUUUCCUGGAGAGUGUAUUGUUAUGAUAUCUAACUAAUGGAAGUGCCAAUUUUCCAAAUCUUUUGCUUGAAAAACAAAAGGAUCCUGGAACUUGGUCCUAUGUGUUUCCAUUGUAUUACAAUAGGAAGGGGGAAAACAACAUGACCCAUCGACUAGAGCCAUUAUUCUGAUUUCCUACCUCCCACCACCAGGUAGGCAGCAGACCAAGAAUUUUCAAUGAUUGCCAAUUUAGGAGAUGAAGCGGAUUCCAAUUUGGAAAUGGGGAAACCCAAAUACCAUGUGGAGAGGCAGGUUAUGAGCGAGGAGCGUUUGGAAGUGAUGGCACAAUGGUCAAAGAAAACUGAACCCUCGUUGAAAGAUAAACUGAAAGAAAAUGUAAGAUGCUCCAGCUCUAAAGCCAAAUCCCUCCUGUUCAAGUUUGUUCCAAUCCUCCAUUGGUUGCCCAAGUAUCCCUACCAAGAAUGGCUAUUAGGCGACAUCUGCUCUGGGCUCAGUGUUGGAAUUGUGCAAUUACCACAAAGUAUGGCAUAUGCCCUUCUGGCAGCUGUUCCCCCUGUCUAUGGACUCUAUACUUCCUUCUUCCCAGUGCUUAUAUACUUUAUAUUUGGAACAUCCAGACAUGUUUCAGUAGGUUCCUUUGCAGUACUAAGUGUUAUGCUGGGCACCAUAACUGAGAGGAUAGCCCCAGAUGAGGAUUUUGUGAUCAGUUCUCAGAACAAUACAAAUGGAACGGUGGAUAUUGACAUUGAGGCACGCGAUUUAAUGAGGGUGAAAGCAGCAACGAUGGUUACAUUCUUGUGUGGCAUCUUUCAGAUCAUGUUAGGAUUGAUACGGUUUGGAUUUGUUGUUACAUACCUGUCCGAUCCUCUCGUUCGAGGUUACACAACUGGUGCAGCAGUCCAUGUGUUGGUGUCACAACUGAAGUAUGUGUUUAGCAUUGCAAUUCCAAGAAAGAAUGGACCACUCUCAUUAAUCUAUACUUUAAUCGAUGUGAUCAAAGCAUUGCACUUGACGAAUACUGGCACAUUGGUUGUCAGUAUUAUUGCCAUGUCCACGAUGUUUGCAGUGAAGGUGAUAAAUGACCGUUUUAAGUCUAAAUUGCCAAUACCAAUUCCUAUCGAACUCAUUGAGGUAAUAAUUGCUACAGUGAUUGCAUCAAAUGUGGACCUAGUUGGAAAAUAUGGAAUACAAGUCGUGGGGCAUAUUCCUAAAGGCCUGCAAGCCCCAGUUCCACCUGACUUCAGCAUCGCCUCCAGUCUUGUGGGAAGCGCCUUUGCUUUGGCCAUUGUUGGAUAUGGCAUCACAAUAUCACUGGGCAAGAUCUUUGCACUGAAGCAUGGCUACCAGGUGGAUAGCAAUCAGGAGCUGAUUGCACUGGGACUCAGCAACUUUGUGGGAGGGUUUUUCCAAUGCUUUGCUGUGAGUUGUUCCAUGUCCAGGAGUCUGGUUCAAGAAACUACUGGAGGAAACACACAGUUGGCUGCUGCAGUGUCUUCUGUUGUUAUCUUGGUGAUUAUCCUUGAAAUCGGAGCACUAUUUAGUCAACUACCUAAGGCUGUUUUAGCAUCAAUUGUCAUCAUCAAUCUCAAGGGGAUGUUUGAACAGGUCACUGAUAUUUUCUUUUUCUGGAGGACGAACAAAAUUGAUCUGAUAGUUUGGAUUGUCACUCUCAUCUGCACUGUAUUAUUGGGCAUGGACUUAGGACUGGCUGCCUCCAUAGCAUUUGCAUUACUUACUGUGAUCUUCCAGGCACAAUUCCCCAAAUAUUCAAUUCUGGGACAAAUUCCAAAGACCGAUAUCUACAGAGAUGUCAGCCAGUUUGAUGCGGCAAAAGAAAUUCCAGGAAUCAAAAUUUUCCAGUCAUCCACGACCAUAUUCUUUGCCAAUGCUGAGUUGUAUGAAGAAGCUCUGAAGCAGGUGAGUGGAAUUAAUGUCUCUAAAUUAGUUACAAAAAAGAAGAAAAAAAUCACAGCACUCAAGAAGAAAUUGCAAAAGCAGGAAAAGAAAAAAGACAAGAAACAGCAAAAGCAACAAAAACUCUCUGAAUCAGGAACAAACGGUCCAGCCACCAUCACUGAGAAUAUUGAUAACAACAACUCUAUCAGCUUAGAGAUGGAUUCAGACCUUGACUUGCCAUCUAAAGUCAGCAAAAAGCCAGAGGAGUUCAGUCUGGAGUCUCUUGGUCUUCAAAAGCCAAAUGUUCAUUCCCUCAUACUUGACUUUAGUCCUGUCAACUUUGUGGAUACCGUCUGCAUCAAGAUUUUGAAAAAUAUCUUCCGGGAUUUUAAAGAGAUUGAGAUUGACGUGUACCUAUCAGGUUGUCACUGGGCUAUCAUCGAGCAGUUUGAACAAGGAGGAUUCUUUGGAAAAAACAUCAGCAAAUCCCAGAUUUUUACCACUGUGCACGAUGCUGUUCUAUACUGUAUGAUGAAAAAUAACCCAUCAACUGAUCAGGCACUUCACAUGAAUGGAACACUUUCACUGCCUCCUUCACAGGACGACGAACAAGAAUCCACACUUGCCUGCGCAGGAAGUACACAGUUUUAAUUCAGGAAGAUUGGUGCUAGAAUAAAAAAUGCGCAUCAUUUUGAAGGAAAAAUUAAAACCAGAAGAAAACAGCAUGUCAAAAAGAAAUCUCCAAAGGGCAAGUUUUUAACUUUCUCCUGUGUCCUGCAUGAAGCAAAAUGAGACAAGACUUGGAGUGAAUGAUGAAAAAUCUGUCUCAGUGUAAAUACUGACAAAUCCCAUACUGUGCAUAGAGUUACAAACCAUUUCUCCUUCAUUCUUCUAUCCAUCACUUCACUACCUUUCUCUCUUUGAAUCGUUUUGACAGAAAAUUUGAUUUGAAUAGGCACUACAGACACAGCCUGGAAGUGUUUUUGCCUUGUAAGUUUGAUUAAUUUUUCUCAGUCAGUAUUUGUCUCACUAGGGCUCCCCUCGCAUUCAUAUUGCUGCCAUUGAUUGAUAUAUUCAGGUGGGUAAUAUAUGAAACCAGAAAUGGUCAAAGACGAUCAUUCUACGUGGUGUGUCAGCAAUAUUAUUUAAAAAAACUGAAGCCCUUCCAGGAAAAACUUUUUUUUAUUGUGAAGUUAUGCUUCCGAAACUUCCUUAGAAAAACGCAGGGAAAAUCUGGCCGUUGUCUAACCUGAGACAUUGGUAUUGUAUGUAGGCUACGCCCGCAAGCACUUUCAACAUGAGUAAACAGGAGAUGUGACUACGAUUAGAUUGGUGAGAAAGGCAAUAUCACAUUAAGCAAAAAGGAAAUGGAACAGUCAAUAUAACAUUCACAAAGCUGGACGUUGCAGAUAACACCACCAGUUGUUGAUCUUACGCAAUGAGUUGUACUUUGUUUAGGGUUACAGGAAAUUAAUCAGCCCACGAACAACACUUUAGUACUCUUGGUCAAUGCCAAAAGGAAAAUAAAGUCAUUUGACUGUGUUACAGUCUCUACUAUUUGAAUGCCAUUAUAAAGAACCUCUAUAAAUUACAGAUUGUUUUUUAGGACUACAUUGGAGCAGUAAUUUCUUUGUAUUUUGCAUAACCUUAUAGCUAGCACUCGGAGGCAGAAAGGGCUGCAGACGCUGGAAGCUACAGUCAAUAAAUGUGAAGCUGGAAAAGCAUAGCAGCUCAGACAGCAUCCGAGAAGCAGGAAAGUCAAUGUUUCAGGCCGAAACCCUUUGUCAG